UACCAGUCACCGGCUCAGCUCGUCUGCAUCUCGACACGCUGCGGCACUAAUCGAUUGAACUCACUCAGUUUAUUACUACUCCCAAGGAGGAGCGUACUGCAAAGAUAUAUUCGCCGAAACCAGAGCUUCCACGAGCUUCUCCAUUUUGUACACUACCCGCAAUUGGCUGGUAACUCGGCUGUGGAGUUAGUACGUACUCCGUUGAUGGGGAAGAAGAGGGCGGUGGCCGCGACGACGAGGACGCCGGUCUUCCCGUUCCCGGCGGCUGCCGGCGAGACGGAGCCGCCGCACCACUUCAGCGACUACGGCUUCGACCCCCAGCUCCUCCGCUUCUCCCAGCUGCCCGACGCGAAGCGUCACCAGCAGCCACCGCCACCGCCGCCGCUUGAGCACGCGCGGUUCAAGCUCCAGAAGCCCAUCUCCAAGAAGCACCAGCACGCGCAGCACAAUGGCAAGCAGCGCCGCCGCGGGUGGUGGAGCUCUGCGGCCUCUGCGGCGCUCCUCUUCUUCAAGCGCCCCUCGUCCAAGUCCAGCCCCACCGCUCGGGCUGCCGGCACAGCCCCGUCGUCCUCCUGCAGUGCUGCUGCUGCGUUCGCCCCCCGGCCACUCUACUUCGCCGAUGACGGAGGCGACGACGACUCCACGGGGUGCACGUGCUGGUCGCCGGCCGUGCGUUCCGAUCACCUGGCCGCCGCCGAGCUCGGCAUUGCCUCGGUCCGAGUUCCGUAUGUCAGCCUCAGGGACGUCAAUUUCCGUGGCGGCGCCGCAGGAACGGGAGGGGCUGCUCCGGCGAUGCCUAUCUACCUCGUGACGUGAAGCUCUCCCGCCUGUCGAUCGACUGCUGGAGUGCUGGUGACUGUUCCUCUGCUCUUGGGCCACGUGACAGCCUCUGAGAGGUGUAUUUCUUGUUCGUUUUUAUAGAACUUGGACCACAUGUCAGUCGAUAGUGUAUUUCCGGUGCCACCCGGUCGACCGGCCACGAUUUCGGCCGGUCACACGCGGAGCGUCACGCGCAGUGGGGUCCCUUGCACCGUUUUUCUCCUCUGUUUCCUUAUCUUCUCAGGUGCAAUGCUCUGGUCCACUCAUUCUCGUUCGUAUUCUUUCGCUAGUACUUUCCCUUCCAUCUCUUCUCUUCCGAUCCACCUGCCAGCAGCUCGCACCAGCCCCGCCUUGCAUCACAACCACACCAGAGAAGCACAACUCCCGCCGUGCAUCGCCGACUCACGACCACACCCCGCCGCCGCGAGCUGUCUCAUCACCACCACCGCGAGCCGCUGCGAGCUGUCCAGCUGCGCACUACGCCCCAGAGUUGCUCCAGCUGUACCGAGGGGAUGCGCCGCGGCAGCCGCUGCUGCAAGUCAAACACCACGCCGGAGUUCCUGGAAUCAGCAUCGGCAGGAGCUGCAAUCGGCGGCAAUUUUUGCUACAACCGGGGUUUUGUUUUGCUGGAACCAAUGACUCUUUUUGCUAGGAUCUGUAAGUGGGGGUUGUUUUUGCUAGAACCAGCUUCAAUUUUUGUUGCCACCAUAUAUGAUUUUUGCUAAGUCUUGAUUUUUGCUACCGCCCAUCUUUGAUUUUUAUGAAACCAGUUCUAAAUUUUUGCUACUACCAUCCUUUGUUUUUGCUACCACCGUCUUAGAUUUUUGCUACCAUCCCAUAUUUUUGAUUUUGUAUUGGAUCCAUCUGCCGGCAGUCGCUUUUCUCCCUCACGCGAGAUGUGUCGGGGGAGCUACGAAAUUCGCAAAGCUGGAACCAUCGCCCAAAUUUGCUGGAACCGACGGCCAAUUUUGCUGGAACCGGCUAUGGUGAUGACGACGACUAUGACAGGAGCAACGAACUAGCGAGGGAUGUUGCGACCUGCGGGCUGUUUUGUUGGAACCGACGAUGUUUUUUGCUACAUAGGGGCGGAUAGACGCGGGGCACGAGCGAUGCAACCAUGGAGCCAGCGAGGUUGCCCGGCGAGCUGCACCGGCGAGCGACGCCAUGGAGGCAGAGGCAGAAAGCCGCGGGGGAACGAUGAACAAGCAGGGGGAUUUGCGUGACCGGCGUCGCUCGCGAGAAGAAAAGGGACGUGUGCGAGGCAAUCCUAUGGUCCAGGGCGCACGUAUCGGGCGGCUGCGCGGUGACCGGCCCAAAUUUGGGCCGGUCGACCGGCGCCUAGUACUGCCCAACUGUCAAACUGUCAAAGUACAUGUAACUUUUCGCCUAUCUUCUUUGCAGUGUCAGGUUUUUUCUUAUCUUUUGUUUUUCUUUCCCUUAGAAAAGACAUCCAGCAAACAUCCCUCUGUUGUUUUA